UCAAACACCUCCGAUAUGAAGGUGUUCAUAGUCACGCUCGUGCUGGCACUCGCCGCCACCGUAUACGGUGGUUACAUAAGCAGCGGCGGCGGUGGUUUCGGCGGCGGUAGUUAUGGCGGAGGCGGCGGAUGGAAGUUCGGCGGAAGCAGCGGAUGGAAGUCCGGAGGUGGCGGCGGUUACGGGGGAGGUGGCGGCGGUUACGGGGGAGGCGGCGGCGGAAAGAUCAUCAAAGUGAUCACGCUCAGCAGCGGCGGCGAUGGAUGGAACUUUGGCGGUGGUGGCGGUGGAUGGAAAUUUGGAGGCGGCGGUGGAGGCGGUGGAUACGGCGGUGGAUACGGCGGUGGUAGCAGCGGAUGGAAAUUAGGCGGUGGCAGUGGCGGACUUGGAGGUGGAUGGAAAUCUGGCGGAGGCGGUGGAUAUGGAGGUGGAUACGGCGGCAGUAGUGGAGGCUGGUGGUAAUGCUCACGGCGUCUACGAGCAAUUGGAGCGAAAUCCGUUUGCCGAUCAUCCGCGCGUAUCUCGGCUGUAAGCAUCGAUCAUCGUCAAAAAUCAAUUCGCGCCGACCCCAUCCGCUCUUCGAUCUUCGUCAGAUCGCCAUUGGAAGACGAAAAAAGCUAUAACCGGGACAUCACCGAAAAGUUCCGCAUUUGACCGAUUCACAUCCGCAAGAGGAAGCGUGUCAAAACGUACACACGUACGAAAUAUCCUUCGCGGUAUCCUUCGCUAUCUCUAAUACAGAGAUAUUUGUUGAAAAGUGAACGAUAUCGUCGGCUCUGCUUCCGGCCAUUCGAAACUUGCCGCCGUGUCGUCUAGGGCAAACGACUUCCUUCUCGACGGCGCAUUUUCUCCCUGUCUGCCCGUCCUUCUUUCGAAAAUCGGCGGACGUUUCGUUUACGAGUGAAUCGUGCGCCCUGAUAUUUCAAUCCCGCUUCCUCGCAUGAUUUUCCGCCCUUCUCAUUUCCCAUUUACUUCCACCACGCUCUCUUCCGAGGAUCGAGAGUGUUAGGGCGAGGCGUCCCUCUGACAUUUAGCUGAUUAUAAAUGCAUAGAGCAAUCCCGUGAAAUCCCGACAAUUAUCUCGGGUAUCUCGAGCACGAGCGAACAAAAGCGAAACACUGCAAAAUUACACUCGAUGAAAAAAAAAACGCAGUGAUCAUUCAUGCACUUUUCUUUCAAUUGUCUAUAAAUCGACACACCUCGUUCGAUUUAACAAUAACACACAAUAAAUGAAACAUCACGUUGAUAGAAUAA